AUGGCAUCGGCAUCAAAAGAAAAGAGAAUAAAGAAAAAAGAAAAGGAGGAGCAAAUAUAAAGCAAAUCAUUAGGAAAUUUUCACAAUUUAGAGUUAUUAUGUAAAGCAGAUGACAGAUAAAAAAAAACACUGUAGAAAAUAAUCAAAUAAAAACCUGAUCUAGCAAAAAGUUUAAAUAUUUAUGCUGAUGGGGUCAAAUACUACUUAGCACGUUAGCAAUAGCGAGACAAAUUACUGGCUGGAAAAGAGUCUCCCUUAGCUGACGUAACGGAGGAGCAAGUGUAAAUCCCUGUUUUACCCUCUAUCUCAAAUCGUUAAAUAGUUAGAUAAUUUAAACAAGACCCAUUGAACGCAUAAAAACUAUCGGAAAGCUUAGAAAAAGCAAACAAAAGAUAGUAUCAUUCUAACAAUUACACACCUUUCGCAAAUCGGUAAAAAGUAAACAUCAUUUAAACCUAAAAUCCUCCCUAAAAAAUAAACAGAGAAAAAGAGUUGCCAAAACUUAAAGUAAAGAAAUAAAAUCUUACAUAGUUUAAUUAUUAUAUAGGACCUGGAAAUAAUGGAGAAUUGGUAAAACGUAUUUUAUAAAAAAGAGAAUAAUAUUGGAGUUCUGUACCCUAAUAAUUUCAAUAUAAGCACUUUAUAUGGCAGCAAUCCUACUUUGGUAUGGAUUUCAAUAGACUCUCAGCUUCAGACAGUCUAUUCACAAGAGUGAUGUACAACUUUUUUGAAUUCCAUAAAAAUAUCACAUCUAAAUCUGGGUUGUCAAUAUCUUUACUACAAUACUACAAUAAUAUAGAGAAAACAUUUGACGUCAUUCCCUUGGUGUUCAUCAUAAAUUUUAAGAACUCAGAUUGGGUGAAGGACGUAUAAUAAUUUACUGAAUUUUAUUGUAAUAAUAAUCCACUAACUUAAACCUCCAUGAAAACUAAUUUAGACUUUGACUUUUAUGUAUCCAAUCUUCCUGCAAACAAAGUAAAUUAUAAUGGAAUUAAAACAUAUAAAAUGCAAGAAACUUUAACAAACAAGACUCAAUAUUUAUGGCUACUAAAGCCAGCAGAUUGGAAUAGAGGAGAAGGAGUCCAUGUGUUCAACACAUUGGAGGAAGUUGAAACGCUCAUAAAAUCAUACUAUUAUGGCAAGGGUAAUUAUGAAUGCAAGGAAUUUGUGAUUUAGAAGUACAUAGAAAGGCCUUUGCUAUUGGGAGGAAGGAAAUUCGAUAUAAGAUGUUGGGUAUUGAUCACUCAUGAAAUGCACUACUACUUAUUUAGGGAAGCGUAUAUAAGGACAAGUGGAACAACCUUUUCUUUAGAGAAUAAAGAUAGAUACAUUCAUUUGACGAAUAAUGCAGUUCAAAAAAAUGCUUAGAAUUAUGGAUAAUUUGAAGAUGGGAAUUAAUUAUCCUUAAAACGAUUUCAGAAGCAAUUGGAUUAAUAAGAAACCAAAUACGAUUUUAGAAAGGAGGGGUGGCCAAAAAUAAAGGAGGUUGUGAAACUCACUUUGAGUUCAACUAGAAUGAAUAAGAGGAAUAGAAAGUAUGGGAUGCAAAUAUUGGGUUACGACUUUAUGAUUGAUGAAAAUCUUAAGUUGUGGCUCAUUGAAGUUAAUGCUAAUCCUUGUAUUGAGGAAAGCUCGAAUCUAUUGAAAAUACUGAUCCCAAGAAUGUUAGACGAUGCUUUCAAACUUACUGUUGACAAGGUAUUUACUCCAGAUGUAGAUUUUGGGAUGCAGCAACCGAAAUUCAAAGUAGAUGAGUAUGAGGACUCAGAGAAUAUGUGGGAAUCAUUAGGAGUGUGUGGAUGAAUAAAUUAGCUAAAAUAAGUAUAUUUAUAUGAUUAUAAUAUAUAUAAAGAUUUAAAUAAA